AUCGCCGUUUGUUUGCUCGCAUUUUGCAGAACCGAAAAGCGGCGGAUCGAUGCAUGGACGGAUAUCGAGCACACGGGGCGGCCAUCGCAGCCCUGCGCCGUCACGCGAACAGGCGACUGGAGACGAAAUUUCGCCUACCUCCAGCGGAACCGAAAAGCGGCGGAUCGAUGCAUGGACGGAUAUCGAGCACACGGGGCGGCCAUCGCAGCCCUGCGCCGUCACGCGAACAGGCGACUGGAGACGAAAUUUCGCCUACCUCCAGCGGAACCGAAAAGCGGCGGAUCGAUGCAUGGACGGAUAUCGAGCACACGGGGCGGCCAUCGCAGCCCUGCGCCGUCACGCGAACAGGCGACUGGAGACGAAAUUUCGCCUACCUCCAGCGGAACCGAAAAGCGGCGGAUCGAUGCAUGGACGGAUAUCGAGCACACGGGGCGGCCAUCGCAGCCCUGCGCCGUCACGCGAACAGGCGACUGGAGACGAAAUUUCGCCUACCUCCAGCGGAACCGAAAAGCGGCGGAUCGAUGCAUGGACGGAUAUCGAGCACACGGGGCGGCCAUCGCAGCCCUGCGCCGUCACAAACUGUACGAAAAUGUCUUGCUUAG